AUGACCACCAUAACACAAAACCUGCCUUGGUUCAUCGUCGAUCUUGGUACAGCUGUCAUCGGAGAGAAAUGCUACUCCUCUUUAGUCGAGAACUUAAAUGUCGGAGACGUGGAAUGUCUCAAAUACUCGCUCUCUAAAGGCCUGGGUCUCGGAAUCGUAGUCGGAGGUUCUAUAAUGAAGGUCCCUCAGCUGCUGCUGAUCCUUUCUGCGCAGUCUGCGCGUGGCCUUUCGUUCUCCGCACACGCCCUCGAAACACUCUCUUAUGCCAUCACAUCUGCAUAUUCAUACAGGAACAAUUUCCCAUUCUCCACCUACGGAGAGAACUUAUUUCUGACGAUCCAGAAUACCCUAAUAACGCUCCUGAUACUCUACUUCCCCUCAUCGAGGCUACACAAAGCACAGGAUUCUACGGGGAAAGUCAUCCUAACAUCUCUCGCGGCUGCUGCGUCCGGUGUCGCACUGUACAUAAUGCCCGCGGAAACUCUGUCCCUUCUUCAGCUGGGCACGCUUCCGCUAUCACUGUUUUCUAAGAUACCUCAGAUCGCCCAAAAUUCCCGUGCGCGAUCUACGGGCCAGCUUUCAGCAUUUGCUGUCAUCUCCCAAAUUGUGGGAUGCCUCGCCCGUUUGUUUACGACUGCCACUGAAGUUGGGGACCCGAUCGUAUCUGCGGGGUUCGCGCUUGCACUGCUUCUGAAUAGUGUGUUGGGGUUGCAGAUGUGGAUGUAUUGGGGUAAAGAUGGGAAGGAUACCUACUCAAAGACAACUAUAGGUGUUGUGAGCGAGAAAGAGAAGGAAGACUGGACUCCCGAGAGACACGGCAGGGUUGACGUUGUCGUCACGCCUAACUCAUCUCCCGUGCCACGUCAUACCGCAUCACCUUCGGGGAGGAAAUGGUCCCGUAAAAUCGACUAG